AUGUCUGAAGAGAAGCCAAACGUGCUACUUAUUGGUACUGGAGGUGUAGGCACAAUUGUUGCCUAUGGAAUUUAUUAUGUUGGUAAAGCCAACAUAGAUGUAGUGGUACGUCGUGAUUACAUGAAAGUAAAAGAAGCAGGUUGGGAAAUUCAUUCUGUGGAUUACGGUGAAAUUAAAAAUUGGAUGCCAAACAAUGUGUAUCCUACUGUUGAUGCAGCAGCUAAAAGUGGUAAGAUAUAUGAUUUUGUCAUCAUUACUACCAAGAAUUUGCCAGAUAUUCUUAAAGCUGAGGAUAUUGUAGCUAGAGUGAUAACUCCAGAGAAAACAACCAUUGUAUUGAUGCAGAAUGGAUUUGAUAUAGGAAGACCAUUUAUUGCAAAGUAUCCAAAAAAUGUGUGUAUUUCUGGAGUUUCUCAUAUUGGAUCGCAUAAUCACAACGGUGUCAUCACUCAAACUCAACAAGAUAAGUCUUUAAUCAGUUAUUUCGAGAAUCCCAGCCUUACCAAAGAGUAUCAAGAAAUCAAAACCAAAGAGUUCAUCUCACUUUAUAAGAAUGAAAAGAAUAAUUGUAACUAUUUCCCUGAUGCUAAAUGGUACAGAUAUAGAAAGUUGGUAUAUAAUGCGUCAUUGAAUACCGUUGCAGCUUUGACUGGUGUUGAUACUGGUAGAAUCGAAAUAUCAGGUGGCUUGGAAGCUGUGUCAAUUCCUGCAAUGCGAGAAGUUAUUUCCAUAGCAAAAGCUGAUGGUGUAGAGCUUCCAAAAGAUGUUAUCAACUUGGUUGUUCACUCUGAUGACGGUGAUUGGUUUGAGCCAUCGAUGCUUGUUGACUUCAAAAAAGGAAACCCUAUCGAGUUAGAAGUUAUUUUGGGUAACUUGUUAACUGUCGCUAAAGAAUUGGAAGUACAAACCCCUAUAUUAUCUCUUAUUUAUGAAUUGCUACGUGUGGUUCAGUUCAAAUUGAAAGAAGACAAUGGAAUGGUAACCCUUCCCAAGAAUAGACCAAUUAAUAAUAAAUAUUUUGAAUAG